ACGACCGGGGGAUCGGGAUCGGCGGCGAUGGCGGCGGCGGCGGCGGCGCGGGAUGGGGAGGGGAGGCGGGCGCACGCGGCGAUGGUGGGGUCGCAGUUCAUCAACGCGGGGUACCACGUCAUCGCGAAGCAGGCGCUCAACGUCGGCGUCAACCGCGUCGUCUUCUGCGUCUACCGCGACCUCCUCGCGCUCUGCGUGCUCGCUCCCAUCGCCUUCUUCCGCCACCGCGGCUCGCCCGCGCAGGCUCGUCCCCCGACCGUCACGCGUCGCCUCCUAACCUCCUUCUUCUUCCUCGGGCUCACGGGCAUCUUUGGCAACCAGCUGCUAUUCUUGUUCGGCCUCGGCUACACCAAUCCAACCUACGCCGCCGCCAUUCAGCCAUCAAUUCCCGUCUUCACUUUCAUCUUGGCCCUCAUCAUGGGCACUGAAACGGCGAGCUUGGUCACACACGAGGGCCGUGCCAAGGUUGGUGGCACAAUCGUCUGUGUGCUUGGUGCUGUUCUCAUGGUGCUGUACAGGGGGGCAGCUGUGUUUGGUAGCAGCGAGCUAGAUCUUGAUGUUCAUAGUAAUCACGUCAUCACCGAGAUGUUGCAACCUGAGCCAGGAUCAUCUUGGUUCAUUGCAUAUGGGCUGGAAAAGUGGCAUAUAGGAGUGCUAUGUUUGAUAGGGAACUGCCUCUGUAUGGCAACUUAUCUUGCUUUGCAGGCUCCAAUUUUGGUGAAGUACCCUUGCAGUUUGUCAUUGACAGCAUACUCAUACUUUUUUGGAGCUCUUUUAAUGCUUAUCUCAGGAGUUUUUUCAACAACCAGUAAAGAAGAUUGGACUUUGACUGGAUCUGAGUUUGCGGCUGUUGUAUAUGCUGGAGUUGUUUCAUCUGCUCUUAAUACUGGUUUAUUGACAUGGUCCAACAAAAUUCUGGGCCCAGCUAUGGUGGCACUAUAUAUGCCUCUCCAGCCAGUGCUCUCUGCUCUCUUGUCAGUGCUCUUUCUGGGCAGUCCAAUUUAUUUCGGAAGUAUUAUUGGAGGGUUUCUAAUCAUCUCUGGUUUAUACAUUGUCACCUGGGCACGACGUAGAGAAAAGUUGACUGCCACUGGAGUACCUUAUGUAAAAUGCGCAUUGGAGCCAUGUGACGGUGCUUCUCAAGUCAUAAAGGGCGGUAACCUCAGCCCCAGGCCCUUUAUAUCCCUUUCUAGGCUAUGGAAUGUGCCACAUGAAUCUUGAGAAGUUGGUCUACACAACUUCUGCUAGGCAUCUCCUUUGAUGAGUAGAAAUACAGAAUGCAUUAGAUGUUAGGAAGAGAAGUGCUGCAGAAAAGAUUGCACUGAAUAUUGGUAAUGAUGUUGGCAUCUGUGUCCUCUGCAGAAAAUCAUACUCUCAUACCUUUCCAUAGGAGCAGUUAGGUUAAUUUAGGCAAAAGAGAAGCCAUGUUCAUUCUGUUUUUUAGACUAACAACAUUGAGGAUGCUGAAUUGAUGAUUCUAUUACCAAAUGCAAGGUAGCUCCACGGACUUUGUAUAUCCCGUGAAAUCCCCUACAUACAUACUUAUAUAUGAACUCUAGCCAUUGAGGUCAUGUGUGUAAAACUUUGGGAGAAAUAAAACUCUAUCUGUGAAGUUCUUGUA